AUGCGUGUACCCAUAGUAUAUUGCAUCGUUAGCUACGGUUUCCCUGGCGUAGCAAAUCCAGUCUGGUAUUUAAACACCAAAAUUGGCUCACCUGAAGCAUGGAACCACCGAGACUGUUACACAGCGUCUGAGGUGCAUAUGUAUCCUGCAAAAGUUGGCAUUUACACCGGAGGGCAAGAUGACGCGCCAACGAAUGGGAAGAACUUGGUCUCAGGGGACUCCUGUGAACCCAUCGACGCUUCGCCGGAGCCAGUCCAAACUAAAGCAAACGAUACGUCGGACGAAGUAUCUGCAUCACCUGUUCAGCGAAAAGUCUGGAAUGAUGCCUACAAAGGCUUAAAAGACGAAAACAGAAAAACGAUGGCCAAGUUCGAAGCAAUAAUGAGGAAGAGCUCUACAUCUACUUCUUCAACUUCUCCACAAAACAAAGAGCUGGUACACCCCGAAGACGUUUGGAAUCUAAUGACGAGAUUUGUUCGGUCCCAAGUGCAAAAAACAGAAAGACUGGAUAAACACCUGGGGACAAUCGAGAACGUGGCUCGCAUCGCCGAAGGUAUUACCGAGUUGAUCAAAGGACCUCUUGAGUCUGUUCCCCAAGCUGGCCCUCCAAUCGCAGCCCUAGGUCUGGUCAUCGUGUCAAAGCUCGUCGCGAAUCCAGCAUCGGAGCGAAAGGCGAACCGACAAGGCCUUGUGUAUGUGCAAAAGAAAUUAGCAUGGUACUGGGAGCUAUCCGACUUCUUGCUCCAGGAUAUCGAUUCGAUGAAAGGUCUAGGGCAAAACCUCAGGCUUUUCAUUGUUGAUCUUUACCAGAAAUUUCUACUGUAUCAGGUUGAAUCCGUUCUUAUGAUUCAAAGGAAUCGGUUCGUCAGUUGGCUUCAAGACUUGAUCAAAUGGAAAGACUGGGCCGGAAAGCUGUCGGAUAUCCAAAAGGCUGAACAGAAAGUCACUCAAUGCAUCAGUGAAUAUACACAGAUGAAGGAGAGUCAAGAAAAGCGAGAAGCUCGAGACCGGGAAUGUCGUGAUGCGCUUGGUUCCGAUGUACCCGAUCCCCAAAUCCAACUCGAGAGAAUCAAAAUGGACAAGGGCGGCCUCUACAUGGAAUGUUCUGAGUGGCUAUUCCACAGCAACCAGUUCCAAACGUUUCUUGACAAACCAGAGCAACAAAUCUUUUGGAUCACGGGCGAUGCUGGAAAGGGCAAGACGAUGCUUCUAUGCGACAUUAUUGACCGGCUCAAGUCCUCUCGUGGCAAGACGACAAGAAUAUUCUAUUACUUCUGCGAGGCUAGAAACUCCGAAUCAGAGUUGUCCAAGACAGCUGCGUUGAGAGGUCUUAUUGGGGCAAUUGCCUUUGAAUCUGACAAAUACCUUGAUCAACUCCGGAAAAGUCUUGACAAGAACCAAAAUGCUUUUAAAGGCGUUGGCGGGGGCGUCGCAAUUGCUGCCCGGGACACACUUAGAUCCAUUUUAAGUGAUGAAAGUCUCAAGGGAGCCAUUAUAUGCAUUGACGGACUUGAUGAGUGUGGCCAAGAUAUCGGCCUUGUUCUCGAAUUGAUCACAGAAAACCCCAAUAUCAAAUGGGUGGUAUCGAGUCGUACUGGCACCUUAUCUGUGGAAAGAAAACUUCGAAACUAUUCUACCUGCGUGAAGCUGUCGCUGGAAGAUGUCCAACCGGCAGUUUCAGGAGCCGUCGAGAGAUUUGUUCGGUCAAAGAUGAAAGAAUUAGCCGAGCAUUGGAACCUAGGGCCAAACACUCGAAAAAUGAAGGGUCUUCAGGAUGAACUUAUUAAACGCGCCGAGGGCACCUUUCUGUGGGUUGCCUUGGCCUUCGCAGAGUUGAAAAAUCUUCGAUGCUACACGUCUGCACCCAAGAUAUUGAACCGCCUGCCGGCGGGUAUAGAUGCCCUGUAUGGGAGGAUGCUUGCAACGAUCCUUAAUAGCCCAGAAGUGGAUAUAUUCAAGUAUAUUCUUAGCCUUUGCCUCGUUGCACAUCGCCCUCUUACCGUCAAUGAAUUUCCAAUGCUUCUAAGGCCCGAAUUUCUAUGGGGACCAGCCGAAGCUGGCCACGGGGAUUGGAAGACAAUGAUUGAAGGAUGCGGAAACCUUUUACGGAUAUCUUCUACAUCGGAGACGGUUAGCUUUGUUCAUUACUCUGCCAAGCAAUUUCUUGAAGAGCAUGCGAGGGACACACUGCCCCAAAGUGGCAUUGAUCAAAGCAUAUUCACUCAAAGUAUUUGCCUCAUGAGGACUGUCCUCCACCGCGACAUGUGGUGUUUGAGGCAUCCAGGAGCAGCCCAAGGCGAUCCGCCCAAAUUCGACCGCCUGGAAUCUAUUUCAUAUGCUUGCACCUUCUGGGGCAACCACCUUGGUACCCAUACCUGGACAGGAAUCAACUCCUCUGAGGCCGGAGAAGUUGAGGAGCAGAUAUUGAGCUUCCUUUCCCAACAUUUCCUUCAUUGGAUCGAGGCUCUAAGUCUAUUGGGCGUGUUGUCGGAGGGUGCCAUGAUGCUGUAUCACAUGAGAAACUUUGCCGUAAAUCAUCAGAUGAAGGGACUGUCUGACUUUCUUGAGGACGCCUACAGGUUCUUUCUUCGCUUCAGAGAGCCCAUAGCUGUGGCCCUGUUGCAGGUUUAUACGUCUGCAAUAAUUUUCAGUCCUUCAACAAGUCAAAUCAGCAAAUACUUCAAUCACCAUUAUCCUAAAUGGGCAAAUAUAACGUCUCCUAACCAUGAUAUUUCUCAGUGGCCCUCAUGCCUUCUGCUGAUAGAAGAGUUUCCAGCUGGUCCUGGUGCAAAGUUGGCAUACAAUCAGAACGGAACUUGGCUACUUUCCACAAAUUAUGAAUGGAUUCAGAUUAUAGACACAAUUACAGGUGCUCGUAUCCGCCGAACUUUCCACCCCAAAGAUGACGUUGUAGCCAGUUACAGACUAUCAAAAGACACUACAAAGUUUGUUUCGGCUAGUGCUCGUGUGCAAAGGAAUUUGAGGCUUCUUGACGUUGUAAAUGGAUCGUGGAUUGAGCUACCUCAGGGAGACGAUAUUUUCCAUCGCUUGGACUUCUCUUAUGACUCAAAAUUGUUGGCCGGAGUAUCAAAAGCUUCCAUCAGAAUAUGGGACACGGAGCAAGGCGAGCUCGUCUCACGACGCACGUUAGAAUCGGAAAUUAGUGGAGAUCCUAUAUUUCUCGGAAGUAGCACAAUGAUUGCGGUUCAACUCAUCGAUAAAAGUAUCGAAAUCCUGGAAGCACAGACGGGAGAGAGGUGUUGUGGACUGCAGACAGGAUUUGACAUUGAUCGGCUAGUGUCAUUCCCCCGUGAUUCGUCGAGACUAAUUUUAGUCACAACGGGACGAGAAUUGUAUCAGUGGAAUAUUGGAACUAGGGAAGCAGUUAAGAUGAUGGAUGAACUAGUGUCCAAUGAUAUGGGAAAUGUUGUUGCGAUUUCCCCAAGCGAGAGGAUCGUCGCUGUCCUUGGGAAGGAACCGUAUCUAUACAUCUUAGAUACCUCUGGACGUGAGCGCUUGGUGCUCAAAGAAUCGUGGUUCUAUGGGCCUUUGGCGUUUUCUGAUGAUGGCAGUUUGCUUGCCGUGUCAACAGGACAUCAUAAGAUGUGGGUUUGGAACACUACUUCGCGUACGUGGACUUUUCAAUUUGAAGGCCACGAUAGCUUCGUUUCAUCAUUGGCAUUUUCCCCUGAUGCCAAGUAUUUGGCAUCAUGUAGUCCGACUCCGUUUACGCGUUUUAAUAAAAAGAGAGGGUACACUAAAAUCUGGGCCCUCGAAGCUCCCAGGAGAGGAGUUGGGGACGAACAGUAUGAGGGCGGCAAAAUAUCCGACGUUUACUUUUCUCAGGACAACAAAUGGAUCGCUGCAGUAUCUGAUGAAUCGAAAGUAGAUUUGUGGUCAAGCUCCGGACAUUUCGAGAGACUUCUCCGGGAUAACAAGCGUGAUGAAGUGGCAACACUCAAAUUUUCAUGGGACAGCACGAAACUUGCAUUUUUGACGCGAGGGGGAAGCGUGGGAAUUUGCGAACUCGAAAAAGGCUGCUGUGUGGAAAUCAAUGCCUUCAGCUUCUCUAGAAAUGAUGGACUUCUCGCUGCGUCGCACUACACACAACUGAAAGUAUUUGACGUCAGAGCUACCGAUUCUCAAGCGCUGAAAAGGACUCCCCAAAGCUGCGCGGACUCCAAUAACACAUUAGAACUAAAGGCAACAUGUGAUUGCGGUUGGUUCUCGCCUAUGAGAGGCAUUCGCUGCAUCGCUUUGUCUGAUACUUGGGUCGCGGGGUUCUAUGAAUAUAGGGAUAUUUUGCUAUGGGAUGUUGACACUGGCCAGCGGAUCAAACGAAUUUCCUUAAAAAAAGAUCUAAGCUUGCGUAUUAUUUCAAUUGAUUUGAGGAGUAUCGGAGGCAGCACUCAAAUUUUUUCAACUAACGACAGGUCUUGUCUAAGGAUCAUGGAAGCCUCUUCCGGCCACAUCGUCAAGGAUAUACACAUACCCCUACUAGAGAGGAUUACCUGCAAUCAGGAUGACCCUACACAGCUCUUUACAAAUUUGGGUAGAAUCGAUCUCACGCAAUUUGAUUCAAAUGACUCUGAGGACCCAAACGGGGUCAGGUUUCAAGGAUAUGGGUCGUCAACUAACUGGGUUUUCAAGGAUGGGAAGAGGAUUCUUUGGCUGCCUCCAGACUACCGCAUCCAUUCAAUCGGCAGAAAACAGGUUGCUAUUGGCUGCCCAGGAGGUUUUCUGUUAUGUAUUGCCUUUUCUGAUGAUAUUUCUAGCUUUUUCGACUCGCUUGAGUCUGAAAGGCCCGGGGUCGUCACUUAUUUACCUGAGUAA